AACGGCGGAGCGGAGGUCUGAAUGAACAAUCGUCAGUGUGUGGCGUGCUUGGGUCGCGAGCCGCCGUGUGCCCGCGGGGCCGAACUGAACUUAUCACGUGCAAACUUUGCCGGAUUAAAUAUUAACCGCGUGGAUAGUUUGAAAAUGGAAUGAGCUUCACAACGCAGUAGGAAAUAUGCAGUCUUGGUGGUCCUUGUACCUACUGGCUGUCUUCAUGCUUGGUUUAGAUUCGAAACUUGCAGGGCAGGCUUUUCAACCGGAAUUUGUAGAGCCAAUAACAAACUUAACUGUAGCUAUUGGAAGAAAUGCUACAUUUAGGUGUCUAGUGCAAAACCUCGGAGGUUACAGGGUAGGAUGGGUGAAAGCGGACACAAAAGCGAUCCAAGCAAUUCACGUGCACGUGAUAACGAACAAUCAUAGAGUGGGAGUGUCCCACAACGGACAGACGGUCUGGAACCUGCACAUUAGGAACGUUCAAGAAGAGGACCGGGGACAGUAUAUGUGCCAGAUUAAUACUGAUCCCAUGCAAAGUCAGAUGGGCUACCUGGAUGUGGUGAUCCCUCCAGACUUCAUUCCCGAGGAGACGUCGAGUGACGUCAUGGUUCCAGAGGGCGGGACUGUGCGUGUAUCGUGCCGCGCGCGAGGCAUCCCUGCCCCCGUGGUGGUGUGGCGCCGGGAGGACGGCGCAGAUAUUGUGCUGAGGGAUCAAUUUGGAGGGAAGAAUAAAGUGAAUAUGUACAAAGAAGAGGUAUUGACGCUAAGCAAAGUCUCCCGGUCGGAUAUGGGUGCCUACCUCUGCAUAGCCAGCAACGGCGUCCCUCCCACCGUGAGCAAGAGGAUACUGAUCAAAGUGCACUUUCACCCAGUGAUCCAAGUGCCGAACCAGCUGGUAGGUGCUCCGCUGGGCACCGACGUCACGCUCGAGUGCUACGUCGAGUCUUCGCCCAAAUCCAUCAACUACUGGGUCAGAGAUUCAAAUGAAAUGGUGAUAUCUUCGAAUAAGUACGAAGUGGUGAACACGGCUUUGAGCUCAUUCGAGAGUCGCAUGGCGUUGACGGUGCGGCGGCUGACAGCGGCCGACGUCGGCGGUUACCGCUGCGUGGCCAAAAACUCUUUAGGAGAGGUCGACAGUGUCAUUAGGCUUUAUGAAAUACCUGGACCAACCGCCCGCAACACAAGUCCCGCGACAAGCAAAGAAGAAUACAAAUACUCGACGCCCAUAGAAGGCCCGGACGACCAAGGAUCUGCGGACAGAUCUGACGAUGACGAAGAUAAGGAACCCUACUACGCCACAGAACGAGCCAACAACAUUCGACCCGUUCUAGAAAACACCACAAAGAAUCGUUCUUUUGUUUUUACUCCUUCGGUAAAACAAAAACUUAGCAACAAAGUUAGUAAAAUAUUAAACCAAUUAGAAAUAGAAGACUCGGAUUUCGAGCUCAAUAGCAGCAGUAAUUUAAAUCAAAUUAUUUCAGUAACCUGUACUUUCAUAGCCGUAGCUAUUAGUUUAUUACUCGUACAUGGGUAGACAUUAUAUUUGUGCUGUAAUAAUUAUACUGAUAUGUACCUACAAAUCAAUGAUCUCUAGUAUUUGGUAAUAUUGUAUUAUUUUAUGGACAGAGUAUGUUUUAGACUUUAUUUUUGGAAGCCAGCGCUGUAGCGAAUUUUAGUAAAAAAUACGUUUGACGUAAGUUUUUAGUUUAGUAUUUGAAUCCAUAGCAGGUUUUCCGUGUUUUACCAAGAAAAAUAUUGUAGUAUGAAAUAUUUUUGAUAUUUUGGCCAAACAUGGAAAAACAUCACAUAUAUGCAGGUAAGUUAGUUAUAAAUCAACUAUAAAAAUAGAAAAUACAUAGUGUGAAUAAAAAGAAAUGCAAUUAAAUUAAAAUUUUAGUUACAAUAAAAUACAAACUUUUGGAUAAUGCAUACGCUACUUUUAAUUUUGACUCAAUGAACCAUGAAAAUACUAUAAUAUUACCAAUAUUCCUAUUCCACAAGAUUGAAAUUAAGUAAUAAUCUAAAUAUUUUAUUGAUAUCGUAGAUAGGAAUCAACUUUAAAAUACGUACCUUAUCUCAACUAGUAAGAGUCAUACUGUAUGGCAAAUAUUUUAAAAGUUAAAUCGUAUUGUAUCCGUAAUUAUUAUAUCCGUAAGACUACAUUAUUCUAUUUAUAUAAAAUUAGAAAAAUAAAUGAAAUUAUACAUCUACUCAAACUCCUAUUAAAUAGAGUCAAAUACCUAAAAUAAUUCAUAACAAUGAUAACAUGACAUUUGAUAUGUAUAUUUAACUAGUAAUCGUUUUUAUUAGCUGGUUACUUUUGUAGAAUGUAUUAUUUAAAAUGUUUGUUAAAGAAUAAAAAUAAAUUAGUCAUAGUUCAUUUGUGCGAUAUAAAAAGUUUAAAUGUAUUUCAAUUUGUUUUCAACAAAAUAACAAAUCUUCAAGCAAUUAGACAGAAUUUUGCUAACAAUUGAUCUUUACAAGUAGUGUAUUUAUCUGAAAUGUGAAUAUUAUGUGAGCGAGAAUUGUUGUACAGUCAACACAGCUGUGAAUACAGACAAAAUGCCAAAAAUUACGAACGUAAGUAUUUUUAUUACGUGUUAAUAAAUACGAACUUUAUUGCGUGUACAUUAAGGUGGGUAUACAUAUUUUUGGCACUUUGCAAGCAUUCAGGGCAAGGAUGAUUUAUAAAGAAUUGACACUCUUCAUAUUCAGAAUCGUACCUACAUUUGUUAGCGCCACCUAUUAAAUGCUAUCAUAACUACACUGAUGAGGCCUACAAAUUUAUUUUUUCAAAAUGGGCAUUCAAGUGAUACCAUGAUAUUAAAAUAAAGAAAAAAAUAAAUUCAAAACAGGCAAAAAUAUUGAUGAAAAUAUGAUUUUUGCAACUUCCAGACUGCGAAACAGCACCAUCUAGUUUUAUACAUAAAUUGUGGUCAAUUUAGGGGUACCUACACUUUUUUGUAUGACUAUGUCAGUCCCGUUAUACAUAUAUCGUCCUUGAUUCAGGGCAUAUAAAUUGUUAUUGAUAAAAUAAUUAUGUUUUGAUACCAUUAAACCUAUAUUUUUUAGUUUAUCCUACCUACAAUUACCAAAGAAAUUGAAGUAUGCAUUUUGCUUUGCAAUUUAAUACAUCUGGUAACGCAGCGAGUGUAAUGGGCACCUUUGCAUGUUACCCAACUUUUAUUUGUAGGCUAAUUUGUACCUAUUUCAUUAUAUUAAAUAAAAAUAAUUGAAUACACACGUGGAUGUAAGUAGGUACCUAUCUUAAAAUCAAUUAUGUAAUUUGG